AUGUCCGCCUAUCGGUUAUUCGGGCUGUUGGCCAUUUGCUUCUUGCCCCCGGCUCUGUCGACUCCCACCAGCCACGAAAACGGAACCAGCGUCACAACCUUGCAAGUCAUUCCGGAAACCCAGUCGCUAGAGAAUAUCGCGGUCCGUAACAAUGGCGACCUCCUGGUUACCUCCGUCGCUUCGUCAACUCUGUUCGGGUUGUCGCCCCAUGGAGAACACCCGCCGAUCCCGGUUGCUCGGAUUUCCGGUGUAACAGGUCUCCUGGGGAUUGCUGAGCUCGAGAAGGACGUCUUCUUCGUCGUUGGUUCCAACCUCACGUCGACGGAAAACUCGAACGGGGUGUGGAAGGUCGACCUUCGCAACUUCCAGGCCUUCCGGAACGGUACCACCCUCCAGCCGGCUUCAGUCUCUUUGGUUACCCUAAUACCCUCGGCUCUGCAACUCAACGGCAUGGCUCGCCUCUCCAGCAACGACACCAAAAGCCUCCUCAUCUCGGAUUCCUCUCGGGGCACAGUCAUACGCCUGAACGUUGACACGGCCGUCUACGAAACGGCCGUCCAAGAGCCCGAGAUGGCUCCCCUGACCACAGGCCUGGGGAUUGGUGUCAAUGGCAUUCGGAUCCGCGAUAACUACCUCUAUUUCGUGAGCCUGGACCAGGGCCGUUUUGCCAGGGUACCGAUAUCCCUCGCAAGCGGAGAAGCACUUGGCCCUGUCAAGACGCUUGCCUCCGGCAUCACUUUUGGCGACGACUUUGCCCUCUCGGGUGACGGCCGAUGGGCAUACGUCGCCACGAACGGCCCUCGGGAGGUCAUUGGGGUUGAUCUGCUGCUCGGAGGGAAGUUCGUGGCUGCCACUUCGCCCCUGCUUGGAUCCGCCUCGUCGGUCGCUCGCUCAACGGGCCAUGCAUGGUACGUGACUGGUGCUACUCCAUCAGGGAACAGCACAGUUGGCCACGUGUCUAGCGUACUGUUCAGUUGCGGGAUUUUAGUGUAG